AUGGCGCCGCAUCCCCUCAUCUUCUUCUGCAUUCUGUCGCUCCUCGUACCGUCCGCAUAUACCCACCCCAUCGACUGGAUCCGCAAAUUAUCUUCUAAUGCCAGGGCCGAGCGUAACUGGUUUUGGGGAUGGGGCGUAGACAGCACGGUCUCUAUUGUAGACCGCUCGCCUCCACUCAGCUUCCCCUCGCGACCUGCCGCCUUUGGAGUAGACCUGUCGGAGCCUUUGCUGGGCUAUGUCAUACCCCUCUCAUCCUUCACUGCACCCUGCCCCGACCAGGGUGGCAAUACUUCGAGCAUUAUCCCGGAAAACCUCGGUUGCCCGAGGUUGUGUCCAGUUGGACCGCACGAGCCUGAAUCCAACGAGUCUUGGAUCGCCCUGGUGCAAAGAGGCAAAUGCCAGUUUGUCGAUAAAGCCAGAGAGGCCCAGAGAUUAGGAGCGCGAGCUGUGGUUGUAGGCGGCGAUGAUCCAGACGUCAGCGGAAACCCCAACUCUCUGGUGAAUAUGUACAGCCCAGGGGAUUCGUCUGAUGUCACUAUUGCUGCGACGUUCAUCAAGUACUCCGAUUACAUGGAAUUGAUGGCGCUUAUAUCUGUGUCAAAUACAUCGCAUGCAGGACUGAGGACAUUAUCACUUCUGAUAACCACAGAAUAUUCUGCUUGGGAAUGGUACUCUCCCGUCCUCACCUUCAUAAUCAUACUCCUCCUUCCUUCGACACUGACAUUCAUCACCCUUCUCAUCCACCGCAUACGAGCCGCCCGUGCAGCCCAGCGCGACCGUGCGCCCGAGGAUAUUGUGAAAAACCUUCCCUGGCGGGUAUACACGGGAACAGGAUGGGAGAAGCACGAAGGCCACAUACCCGGGGAAGACAGCUUGGAGCCUCCAUCCAUGGACAUCGACCUGGAGGAGGGCCCUCCGCCCGACUCAUCCGUCCCAGCUGCGGUCCCAGCGGACCAGCCUUGGUUUGAGACGCAGACGGAAUGCGCGAUAUGCUUAUCGGACUUCGUCCGCGGCGAUAAAGUACGGGUGUUGCCCUGCCACCAUAUCUUCCAUAUGGACGAAGUGGAUGAAUGGCUCAUUCAUCGUAAGAAGUUGUGCCCGGUCUGCAAAGCUGAUGUCACGCAUCCCUCCGUUCAAGCGAAAUCCAAUCCUAACGAACCGCACCAGCUAGCACCGGAGUCUCCGGUGGUGCCCAUUCAGACAUCCCUCGACGCUGACGAACGGACGCCGCUGUUGCAAAGUCCCGACGCUCAUGGCACGAAUCACGAUUCAUGAUUAUUUGUUUCUAAUAGUUACAGUAUUUGUACCAUUAUUUGUGUAACGUAUUGUAGUUGAAGAAUGCACAGUGCUACGUCUUCCAGC